CAGCGGCCAGGGGCUCGAACCUUCUCUCCUCCUCCUCGCCUCCGCCUCGGGGCUUCGCCUUCCUUCCUCUUCGCCUCCACGCGAACGAAACGGAAGCCCCCCGAAUCAAUCCUCCCUCCGUCCCACCCGGUUCCAGCCACCCCUCCCCUCUCGAGGCGCCCCGCGUCGCCGAGGCCCGAUCCGGACCCCUCUCCGGAGACGCCCCCUCCUGCCCGCGUUCCCCUUUCCCCCCGCUCGUGGGUCGGUCGGUCGGUUGCCCGAUGAGGGGGUUGCUGGCGGUGGAGGCCGCGGGCGCGGCGGCCACGUCGGCCUCGGCCUCGGUGCUCAACGGCGCCGUCGACUGGUGGCGCGACGUCAACGAUUCGCCGCUGUGGCAGGACCGCAUCUUCCACUUGCUCGCCGUGCUCUACGGCAUCGUCUCCGCCAUCGCGCUGGUCCAAUUGAUUAGAAUCGAGUGCAGGGUGCCUGAGUAUGGGUGGACGACGCAGAAGGUGUUUCAUUUCCUGAACUUCCUCGUGAAUGGCGUGCGAUCCGCUGUGUUCGUGCUGCGGCGCAAUGUGCAGCUGGUACAGCCUGAGAUAAUACAACAUGUGCUUCUCGAUAUGCCUGGGCUUGCGUUCUUCACGACGUACGCACUUCUGGUGCUGUUCUGGGCAGAGAUUUAUUAUCAGGCACGAGCGAUGUCGACUGAUGGGCUUAGGCCAACUUUCUAUUGGAUCAACGGCGUGGUCUAUGCAAUUCAGAUAAUUCUAUGGUUGGUUUUGUGGUGGAAACCAGUUCGAGUUAUGGUCAUCUUGUCAAAGAUGUUCUUUGCAGGUGUGUCACUAUUUGCAGCUCUCGGGUUUCUUCUCUAUGGGGGAAGGUUAUUCCUGAUGUUGCAGCGUUUCCCUGUAGAAUCGAAAGGAAGGCGUAAGAAGUUGCAGGAGGUUGGCUAUGUGACUACCAUCUGCUUUUCUUGUUUCUUGAUCAGAUGUGUCAUGAUGUGCCUUAACACAUUUGAUAAAGCUGCGGAUCUUGAUGUUCUGAACCAUCCAAUCCUGAACUUCUUCUAUUACUUGCUGGUUGAGAUUGUGCCUUCAGCUCUGGUGCUCUUCAUUCUAAGGAAACUGCCUCCAAAACGAGGGAUCACGCAGUACCACCCAAUCCAUUAGAGCAAUGUUUCUCAUGGAUAGUGUAUACAGCGUGGUAAAUACAGAAUGGCAGAGUGAAAAGCUACCACCCUUGGUCCCGAGCUUGCCCAACUUUUAUACGAGGAAAGCCUUUAGAAUCCCAGGUUGCUAUAUUGUGUGUAAAGAUGCAAUCUCUUCUCGGAAUUUAGAAAAUGUAACUUAUAUAACUUUGUUCAUCUCAGUGCGUAUCAUCUGUACACAUCACUGCGAUUGUUUGCAUGUUUAUUU